AUAAAGUUAGUGAGAGAGACGGAAAGAAAGAUAGUGAGAGAGACGGAAAGAAAGAGAGAGAGAGUGAACCAAGAAGAAGCCAGCCACCCCACCCCCUUCUCUCUCUAAACAAAACUUUGGUGAAUUCAUCAUCAUCUCUUUCACCUUCCAAGACUAGGGUUUCAAAUCCAACCUUUCUCAUUCCAUUGUCUGUGUCUGUCUUCAAAUUCAGUCCAACACAAGCCCAAAAAAACAACAAAAAAUGAAUUAUUUCCAUAUCUUCUUGAUCACAUUGCUCCCAAUUUGGGGACUCAACAGCUGCAACGCUCGCAUCUUCACCUUAGAAAUGCACCACCGGUUCUCUGAACCAGUGAAGAAAUGGUCGGAGACCGCCGGAAACUUCUUUCCGGUCGGAAAUUGGCCGGAAAAAGGAAGCAUUGAGUACUACGCUCAAUUGGCCGACCACGACCGUCUCCGCCGAGGCCGCCGUCUCUCGGAAUCGGACUCGUCCCUCACCUUCUCCGAUGGAAACUCGACUUUUCGCAUCAGCUCUUUGGGAUUUUUGCAUUACACGACUGUUUCGUUGGGGACGCCUGGUAUGAAGUUUCUGGUGGCGCUUGACACUGGGAGUGACCUGUUUUGGGUGCCCUGUGAUUGCAACAAAUGUGCUCCCAAUGAAGACACGCCUUAUAGCUCUGAUUUUGAGCUUAGCAUAUACAACCCUCAAGGGUCAUCAACUAGCAAAAAAGUCACUUGCAACAAUAGUCUGUGUGCACACCGUAAUAGAUGCCUUGGAACCUUCAGCCAUUGCCCUUACGCAGUGUCAUAUAUUUCAUCUGAAACUUCAACGUCGGGAAUAUUGGUGGAGGAUAUUCUGCACUUGAAAACAGAAGAUAGCGAUCAAGAAUUAGUUGAGGCGCACAUCGUAUUUGGCUGUGGACAGGUUCAAACUGGUUCAUUUCUAGAUGUUGCAGCUCCAAAUGGUUUAUUUGGGCUUGGAAUGGAGAAGAUAUCAGUUCCUAGCAUUUUGUCCAGUGAAGGUUAUAUAGCUGAUUCUUUCUCUAUGUGCUUUGGACAUGAUGGAACUGGAAGGAUUAAUUUUGGGGAUAAGGGUAGCCUUGACCAGGGAGAAACCCCAUUUAAUCUGAACCAGCUACAUCCAACCUAUAAUAUAACUGUAACUCAGACUCGUGUGGGAACUACUCUCAUUGACUUGGAGUUGACAGCUCUCUUUGAUUCUGGGACCUCUUUCACAUACCUGCUGGACCCAACCUAUACAAGGUUCUCAGAGAGUUUUCACUCACAAGUACAAGAUAGGCGGCGUCCGCCUGAUCCAAGGAUCCCUUUUGAAUAUUGUUACGAUAUGAGUCCAGAUGCAAAUACUAGUUUGGUACCUACUGUGGGUCUAACUAUGAACGGGGGAGGCCAACUUGCUGUCUAUGAUCCCAUAAUUGUCAUCUCCACGCAGCAUGAUCUUGUAUAUUGCCUGGCUAUUGUCAAGAGUGCAGAACUCAAUAUAAUUGGACAAAACUUUAUGACUGGGUACCGCGUGGUAUUUGACAGAGAAAAACUCAUACUUGGCUGGAAGAAGUCCAGUUGUUAUGACAUAGAGGAUUCUAAUGCUGUUCCAGCAAAGUCGCACAACUCUACCACUGCUCCUCCAGCUCUUGCCGCUGGACUAGGUAAUUACCUGACUCCAAAUUCAACAGAAGAUAGCAGGAAUUAUUCACAAAAUUCAGUUGCAUCACCAUCUUACGGGGGACACCCUUCUGACUUGACUUGUUCUUGCUUUGCAUUUUUCUUCAUAUUGUUUUUGUUUUUGUAGCUAAUCUGGAAUCCUCAUUUCAACACACCGGUUGUAGUUACAUAUAGGCCCGGUUUUUUAGCUUAUUCUGUUGUUUUAGAUACUGAUGAAAACCCUCCUUACCCAGAUUUAUGCUCUUGGACACACCAGAAUAUGUUUGCCUCUUGUUAAUAUUGUAAAUAGGCAUUCACGCGACAAUACACCAAUGUAUGACUUUUCUUUGCUUCACCCAUACUUCUAGUAUGUGAUCCAUCAAAUGAAGGAUAGACAUCAAUUUUUUUUAUUUUGUGUAAUGAAUUCCAUGGUGAAGAGUUCCUGUUGC